UGUAACCCUUUCCGGUCUUUUCACCGGAAGUCUCUCACCAUGGCAGAACAGACUGAGAGAUCGUUUCAGAAACAGCCAACUGUUUUUCUGAACAAAAAGUCAGAUGUUCUUUCUACAAAGAAAAAGAGCAACAGAUAUGUCAAGAAUGUAGGACUUGGAUUCAAGACACCAAGAGAGGCUACAGAAGGUCACUAUGUUGACAAAAAGUGCCCAUUCACCGGCAAUGUUAGCAUCCGUGGCCGUAUUCUGACUGGAGUGGUUACCAAGAUGAAGAUGCAGAGAACCAUUGUUAUCCGCAGAGACUACUUGCACUUUGUAAAGAAGUACCAGAGAUUUGAGAAGAGGCACAAGAACAUGUCAGUUCAUCUUAGCCCAGCUUUCAGAGAUGUAGCCAACGGUGAUGUUGUGACAGUGGGAGAGUGCCGACCCCUGAGCAAGACUGUCCGUUUCAACGUUCUCAAGGUCACCAAGGCCGCAGGGGCCAAGAAAGGCUUCAAGAAAUUCUAAAUGUUCUGUACAUAACAAAUAAAGAGAAAAAACAA